CACCCCUAAACCCGCCUUAUAGCCAGAACUGGGUUUCCGGGUGGGCGCAGAGCCCCUAAACCCACUCUGCAUCCAGGAGCAGACUUUGGUGCUAGUGUGGCACCCCUAAACCCACUCUGUAGCUAGAAUUGGGCCUGGAGACUGGAGCAACACCCCAAAAUUCACCAUAUAUCCGCCCAGCAGACCCCUAAACCCACUCUGUGCACAGGACCAGACUUUGCUGCUGGUGUGGCACCCCUAAAUCCACCUUAUAGCCAGAACUGGGUCUCCGGGUGGGCGCAGAGCCCCUCAAACCACUCUGCACCCAAGCUUUGAUGUUGGUGUGGUUGCCCUAAAUCCACUUUACACCCCGAACUGGGUGGGCGCAGAGCCCCCCAAACCACUGUGCAUCCAGGACCAGACCUUGAUGCCGGCUCAGCGCCCUUAAAGUAAGGUUUUCUUCUGUCUUUGGCCCCCCAAAGCCCCUUCCUCCGGAGGCCCUUCUUUCCCUGGCCUGGCUGGGCCCUCCGGCCUGGGGAUGCUGGCGGUGGGGCCGAUGGAGGGCAGCCCCCGGCCCAGCGCCUUCCUGCUCAGCAGCCCGCCCUUGGCCGCCCUGCACAGCCUGGCCGAGAUGAAGACCCCGCUCUACCCCGCGGCCUAUGCGCUGCCCAACCCAGCGGCCAGCGGGCCUUCCUCCUUGUCCUCCUCCUCCUCGCUGUCUUCCUCUUCCUCCUCCUCCUCUUCCUCGGCCUCGGCCUCCCCGUCUCCCCCGCUGUCCUCCCCGACGCCCCCCGUGCUCCUGAAGAGCUCCCCGGCGCAGCACCAGCACCAUCACCAGCACCCGCCCCUCCUCGGCGCCGCCGCCACGCCGCACGGCAUCAACGACAUCCUCAGCCGGCCCUCGGUGCCCGCCUUGGCCUCGGUCUCCUCGACGGCCUCGCUCUCCUCGUCCUCGGUCUCCUCCUCGUCGUCUUCCUCGGUGGCCCUGGCGGCCUCCACGGCGGCGGGGCUCCUGGCGGGGCUGCCGCGCUUCUCCAGCCUCAGCCCGCCCCCGCCGCCGCCCCCUCCGCCGCCCCCAGGGCUCUACUUCAGCCCCGCCGCCGCCGCCGCCGUGGUGGGCCGCUACCCCAAGCCCCUGGCCGAGCUGCCCGGAAGGACGCCCAUCUUCUGGCCCGGAGUCAUGCAGAGCCCGCCCUGGAGGGACGCCCGCCUCGCCUGCGGAGCCCACCAAGGCUCGAUCCUGCUGGACAAGGACGGGAAGAGGAAGCACACGCGGCCCACCUUCUCCGGCCAGCAGAUCUUCGCCCUGGAGAAGACCUUCGAGCAGACCAAGUACUUGGCCGGGCCGGAGCGCGCCAGGCUGGCCUACUCGCUCGGCAUGACCGAGAGCCAGGUCAAGGUUUGGUUCCAGAACCGCCGGACCAAGUGGCGGAAGAAGCACGCGGCAGAGAUGGCGACGGCCAAGAAGAAGCAGGACUCGGAGACGGAGAGGCUGAAGGGCGCCUCGGAGAACGAGGAGGAGGACGACGACUACAACCGGCCCCUGGACCCCAACUCCGACGACGAGAAGAUCGCCCAGCUGCUCAAGAAGCACAAGGCCGGAGGAGCAGGAGGAGGAGGAGGAGGAGGAGCGGCCGGGGCCGGGCUCCUGCUCCACACGUCGGAGAACGAGGGCUCUUCUUAGGCGAGGGACUCUCCGGAGGACACGUGUACAUACAGCUCUAUUUUUCUAUCCAUCCGCAGGAGGAGAAGGAAGGAAAGAAAGACAGACAGACAGACAGACAGACAGACAGAAAGGAGAGACCACUCCCAACUUCCCUGACUCUUGAAAAAGGGGGCUCUCCUUUCCAAAAAAGGCCAGGGACACGAGAGAACCCUCCCACGGGGUGGUAAAACAUCCU